AUGGCUCAAUCUUCUCACAGAGACGAUUUCUUCCAGACCUCGGCUGCUCUGGGUGAGCAGGAACGAAAAGAUACCAAAUCUCAGAAUACAAACGGAAAUCCCAUUCGAUUGCAAAGUAAAAUCCUGGCUAUCCAAGCGGGUCCUUUGAAUUCCGGCUCUGUCUUUGUGGCUCAGAGUACCGGUGCUGUUCGGAGGGUCAUCCUCGAAACAGGAGAAACUGCCGCUUUAUACAAAGGACCAACUGCUCCGGUCACCAGCAUUUGCUUCAGCCCAGAUGGAAAGCUACUGUUCGCCGGAUGCUGGGACAAGACCGUAUGGAGCUGGGAUGUGGCCACGCGGCAACCUAAACAGCGGUAUGAGGGGCAUACCGACUUCGUAAGGGCCGUCACCAGUACAAGACUGCAUGGACAAGAUCUUCUCAUUACCGGAGGAGCCGAUGCGCAAAUCCUGGUAUUCGACAUUGCCAGUGGCCAACGACUACACGUUCUCAAGGGUCACGCCAAGGGCCUCCAAGAUCUAGCGAUGGAUCCUGCCUCCCUGGACCCAGAAAGCAAGGAAAUGAUUGUAUACAGUGCGGGAAGCGAUCGUGAGAUUCGACGCUUCGACAUUUCCGCUGGCAGCCAAGAUCUCACUCACACGGACCCUCUGUUGGUCCAUGACACCAGUGUCUACAAGCUUUUCUUUGACAACGAUGCUGAUCUCUGGACCGCCUCUGCUGACAGAACGGCAAAAUGUCUCGUAAGAGACGACAACUGGAAGCCUAACCUCGUGCUGCAACACGAUGAUUUUGUCCGGGAUGUAGUGGUUUACGAACAAGGAGGCUGGGUGGUUACCGCCUGCAGAGAUGAGGAAGUUCGUGUGUGGAAUCGAUCGACAGGAAAGCUCUACCAUACAUUCUCCGGCCAUUACGAGGAAGUCACAGGACUUGUGCUCAUUGGGUCGACCGUCGUCAGCGUUGGCAUCGAUGCAACCAUCCGUCAAUGGUCUCUCAAGCCGGAUGAACUUCAGACUGCGGUGGAAAAGGUGAAGAAGACUAUACCCGAUGAGGACGAGGAGAAGCCGAACCCCGAGUCCAUGUUGACCGAGGAGGAAGAGCGGGAGCUGGCCGAACUGAUGGAGGAGGAAUGA